CAGGGGCCCAGCAGGGGCAUCUCGGUGGAGCUGGGAUUCAAACUCACAACCUUCUGAUCAGUAGUCCAAGAUCUGAACCACUGAGCUACCAGUUCCUCGUCUGCCUCCUCUUCUUCUACCUCUUCCUCCUCCUCUUCUGAUAAUGAUGAUGAGGAUGAGGAUGAGUUUUUGUUUAUUAUCUGCAGUAUUGUGAGUAAGAGUGGUGUCUGCUCCCUCAGUACAGAGUGUACAGUGUGAAUGGAGAGGAACAGCAGUGCUGAUUGAUGGUGUGAAGGGAAACGGCGGCUCAGCGAGAAGAACAAUGCUGCUAUUGGACAGUGGUGUGAUGUAACCGCUUGGCUUGUACUUGGUGGUGCAGGCUCUGGACAGAUCUCUUUGUUCUCCUUCAUUCUGUCUAGCAUGUCCAGUGGAGGUGGUCAGGUUCACGUGUGAGGAGCAGCGCUGGACCCUCUCCUCUGCAGGAAGAGGAAUCUCCAGGAGGAGCAUGGAGCACAGGAGGUGAUGGAGAGACUGUAGUUGAGCUUGGUUUAUGACCAACAUGAGCUGGAGUUUCCUCACCCGUCUCCUGGAGGAGAUCCACAAUCACUCCACGUUUGUGGGGAAGGUGUGGCUGACGGUCCUCAUCGUGUUCCGCAUCGUUCUGACGGCGGUGGGCGGAGAGUCCAUCUACUCUGACGAGCAGUCCAAGUUCACCUGCAACACCAAGCAGCCCGGCUGCGACAACGUCUGCUACGAUUCGUUCGCUCCGCUCUCACAUGUCCGCUUCUGGGUCUUCCAGAUCAUCAUGAUCUCCACACCGUCCGUCAUGUACCUCGGCUACGCCAUCCACAGAAUCGCCCGUGCCUCAGAGGAUGAUGAGGACAAGAUGAAGAAGCGGAACAGGAGGAACCUCAGGAGCAGAUGGAGGGACGUGGACCGGAUGGAGGAGGAAGACGACGCUGGUGACUGUGACGACAUGGAACCGAUGAUGUACAGCGAUGCGCUGGAGCUCCAGGAAGCCAAAACCGAGAUGGAGAAGAACUCCAAAAAAGACGGCAGUAAACACGAUGGCCGUCGCAGGAUCAUGCAAGAAGGUCUGAUGAAGAUUUACGUCCUCCAGCUCUUAUCACGUGCCAUUUUCGAGGUCUUCUUCCUGGUGGGUCAAUACCUGCUGUACGGAUUCCACGUCAGUCCCUCGUAUGUGUGCGAUGAAAUCCCGUGUCCUCAUCGAGUCGACUGCUUUGUGUCUCGUCCCACCGAGAAAACCAUCUUCCUGCUGGUCAUGUACGUGGUCAGCUGCCUCUGUUUGCUGCUCAACAUCUGCGAGAUGUUCCACCUUGGCAUCGGUGCUUUCCGGGACAUGCUCAGAAGACGCCGGAUCCGUGACCGGAGUCUCCGCUCCUGCGCUUUUCCAUACGCUCGCAAUAUUCCGGCCUCACCUCCGGGAUACAACUUUGUGGUUAAAUCGGAGAAAAUGGGCCACCAGAACCAAAACGGUGUCCUUUCUCAUCAACAGAAUCAGAACAGCGUCCUCUCUCAGCAGCCGAACCACAGUGGUGUUGUCCCACACAACCAGAACCAGGACCAGGACCAGAACAGUGCCAGUCCGGAUGAAAACGUCCCACCAGACCUGGCAAGUUUACACCAUCAUCUGCGCGUGGCUCAGGAGCAGCUGGACAUGGCCUUUAGGACCUACAGCACCAAAAGCUCUCCCAUGUCCAGAACCAGCAGUCCGGCGUCUGAACAGAACCGAGUCAACUCCGAGCAGGAGAGACAGGGAGCGAGGCCCAAAGCUGAAGUGGGGAAAGGUGGGACUACAGUGAGGAACGGCAAAACUUCAGUGUGGAUUUAGACUCCAGCGCUGACCAUUAACUCAGAAUAAACAUUAUUAUUAUUAUUAUUAUUAUUAUUAUUAUUAUUAUUAUUAUUAUUAUUAGAUCUGGGGCAUAGAAACUUUCUCUUUGUUUCCUGCUCUAAAAACCUCAGUGUUCAUAUAAAUUAAUUUAAAUGAAUAAUGAACAAGAUUCUGUAUGGAUUUGAAAAUAAAUAAUAAUAAAAAAAUAAUAAUAAUAAUAAUAAUAAAAAACACAGUGUCAUAUCACAUGCUGUAAAAAAAAACUGUUUUCAUUUUUUUGUGCAAAAUAAUCAAGUUUUAAAGAACUGAAAUAAAAGAAAAAUGAUUUAAUAAAAACACAUUUACUCCUCACAGAAAUAAACAACAAACAGCUAAUCAGCUCCAGAAUCAACAAACAAGUCAGGGUUAGUAAAUAAUAAUAAUAAUAUUAAUAAUAAUAAUAAUAAUAAUAAUAAUAAUAAUAAUAAUAAUAAUAAUAAUAAUAAUAAUAAUAAUUUCUCCAUUGUUGUUGUGUAUUAAUUGUAGUUGUUGAUGAUCUGCAUGUUUAACAUUCAUCUGUACUCUGUAGAAUUAGUGUAGAGUUAUAGAGUAUGUUUUUUAGAGAUGAGGAGAAAUGAACUAGCUGUGACGUGUGUGUGUGUGUGUGUGUGUGUGUGUGUGUGUGUGUGUGUGUAAAUAUUUUCUAUUUAUUUAUUUUUAGUUGAAACUUGCACUAAGUUACUGAGGAAUAAAAAAGUAUCUAACAGUGUAAAUAAAUCCAGAGAGCUUAUGAUGUUCAAAUGUUUUGGAAAAUAAAUCUAAGCCCAUUCUUUAUUCAGAGGUUUAUUUGAUUUUUUGUAAAUAAGAAUGGGAACAGGAGCUUUAGUUACGUCUGUAUUCUAAUCAUGAGAGUUAGCAAUCCGCCUACACAAAACUAUGGGAUUUAGCAUCAGCAGCUACGACUAGCUGACCUUCCACUUUAACGACUUGAUUUUUAGAAUAAUUGCACCAGCUUUUUUCUUUAGCUAAUUUAUCUAACAUGGAGAUCUUAUCUAAUAGCAAUAGGUGUAGUGAGGUACCUAGCUUUAGCUGUUUACAAUAUUUAAGUUUUAGAGACAGAUUUGAUUCCUUUUCUGUGCAGAAGUUAAUUAAAAUAGCACAAACGCAAUGACUGACAUGAGCAAAAAGAAAUAAAUAAUGAAUGACCCCGAGGUAAUGCUAAAUGCACAAGCUAAUGUGCCUUAUGACUGUAACUGUGAUGUGUAAUUUAAAACAAAUAAUAAAAGUAGGAUUGCUGUAA